CUCAGAAUUUGUCUUAGACAUAAAAAUGUGGGUUAAAUAUGAUAAUUGACGUAAAAUUACAGGAAUUUAUUUUGGUACGAUCACUACAUGUGCAUGUGAAAAUGGUACAGUACCUUUACAGAAUAUAUUUCACCAUGUCAAAAGGCACGUCGGAAACAAUUUAGAAGUGGUACAACCAUUUGUCAACUUUCAGAGCAGAAAAGUGUGGCUCCUUCAAGAACCAUUUCAGCAAACAUCAGCCUGAGCCUUAAAGUACGGUAAACUGAGGUGAUGAUCUGUGGUAAGACGAUGCAGCCAGAGAUUAUGGGCAUAGUGCCUUAGAGCUGAAGAGAUAUCCUUUUACCCCAGCUAUAUACCCAUGUACAGUAGGUGUACAUGUAAGAUGUUAAGCGUACCCUGGGGAGAUUCACAGAGACUGGGAACAACAGCCGAGUGAAGACUAUAUAGCACAUGAAAUAACCCACCUUGUUCAGAUAACAUAGGAUCCUGUCGGCGUGAACCAAAUUAAAAAGGAUGAGACUGCAUUGUUUUGGCAAUCUGCUGCUGCUAAGGAUAUGGCUACUGAUCUCGGACUUCCCGUCCAUCCUUGGAGUAGAGUUUGUCUAUCACAACUUCACGUCUCUGGAGGAGACGCUACGCGGCUUCUCAGAGCACUACCCAGAGCUGACCAGUCUCCACAGCAUCGGAAAGUCUGUGCAAGGUCGAGAUUUAUGGGUGAUAACCAUUGGCCAGUCUCCAAACAACCAUGUUCCCAUGAGACCUCAUGUAAGGUUGGUUGGAAACAUGCAUGGGAAUGAGGCUGUUGGGAGAGAACUUCUUUUACACUUUGCGGAUUAUCUGCUCAGUAACUAUGGUAAUCUGGCGAAUGUGUCUGAGUUUAUGAACACAACAUUACUUCACAUCCUGCCAUCGCUUAAUCCAGACGGCUUUGAGGUUUCUGAGGAAGGAGAUUGUUCAUCUAAGCAGGGGAGAUAUAAUGCCAAUGGGGAAAAUUUGAACCGGAACUUUCCAGACAGAGUCGAGAAUAACACGUCUGAGAUCCAGCCAGAAACCCAGCAUGUCAUGGAUUGGUUCUCCAAUAUCACGUUUGCGCUCUCAGCUAACCUACAUGGAGGCGCUCUGGUGGCGAAUUACCCUUAUGACAACUACCCCAAUGCCAAUGGAUCCAAGCCUUCAAUUGCCCCUGACGAUGAUGUAUUGAGGCACAUUUCAUUGGCUUAUUCCCUGGCACAUUCCACCAUGCACCUGGGCCUCCCGUGUGACAACGAAACAUUCACAGAUGGAAUCACGAACGGAGCUGCCUGGUAUCCCAUAACAGGUGGAUUACAAGACUACAGUUACAGCUUUCAUGGCUGCCCUGAGUUGACACUGGAGGUUUCCUGCUGUAAAUAUCCCCCUGCUGAACAACUGGAGGAAUUCUGGGAUUCUAACCGUGACGCUCUGCUUACAUACAUACAGCAGGUUUACUUGGGUGUGAAGGGAAUGAUACUUGACAAAUCAGGGCGAGGAAUACGCAGGGCACGGCUAUCGAUCCACGGGAGAGAGGAAGCCAUAUUCUGGUCGUCCUCUCAGGGAGAAUUCUGGAGAGUUUUAUUACCUGGUCACUAUAAACUACAGAUAUCUGCAGAUGGGUACAGAAAUUCUCAGGUCUUAUUUACAGUAAAAUCAGGGGAAGUAACUAUGCUAAAUGUGCAUCUGGAUGAGCUGUUAGCAUUCACAUACCACAAUUACAGUGAGCUGGGGAGGGUGAUGUCAUCGCUGAAUCAAGGCUUUCCCCACCUAACCCAUCUCUACAGUAUAGGACAAUCCGUAGAAGGUCGAGAAUUGUGGGUAAUGGCUGUCGGUCAGGCACCUCAGUCGUAUGUGACACUUCGUCCUCACCUCAAGUACAUUGGCAACAUCCAUGGGAAUGAGGUAGUUAGUCGGGAAACACUGCUUCAUUUGAUUGAGUAUCUAUUGGUGAAUUAUGGGAAAAAUGACACUGUCACUUCACUGCUGAACUCGACUGUCAUCCAUAUCAUGCCCUCAAUGAACCCAGACGGGUUUGAAGCAUCGAGAAUGGGAGAUUGCGACGGACUUGUUGGACGUGGAAAUGCACACGGUGUGGAUUUGAACCGCAAUUUCCCGGACCAUUUCGAAAACAACAACUACCCGCCAAGACAACCAGAAACUUUGGCAGUCAUGGAAUGGCUGAAAAACCGUACCUUCGCUCUGUCGGCAGGUUUACAUGGCGGGAUUGAGCUUGUGAACUACCCUCUGGACUAUUAUGUGGGAGCUGCCAGUGGGGAACCGAAGUAUUCAAAAUCGGCUGACGACGAUGUUUUUCGAUACAUCUCAUUGGUCUACUCCAGGACACAUCCCAGAAUGCACCUGGGUCAGCCGUGUGUGAACCAGGUGGAGAGAUUUAAGGAUGGGAUAACAAAUGGAGCCGCCUGGUAUCCUAUUGUUGGAGGAAUGCAGGACUACAACUAUUUGUUUGAGGGCUGCAUGGAAGUACUUGUGGAGAUGAGUUGUUGUAAAUUUCCAUACGAGCAAGAACUGAAGAGACUCUGGGAUGAGCACCGAGCACCACUGUUGGCAUAUCUACAACAGAUCAAUCUCCUAGGUGUACGUGGUGUGAUCAGAAGACCAGGUGGUCAGCCAGUGGGCGGAGCUUCCUUGUCUAUCGUCGGCCGGGACGUCAAGUUCAGAACAUCCAGCCAGGGAGAGUACUGGAGACUCCUUCUGCCUGGACAGUACAGCUUAAAGGUGACAGCAGCAGGGUUUGAAUCCGUCACAAAACAGUUCACUGUGAACAACAACACCGUCACCCGGUUUGAUAUAACAUUGGAGACAGUGAAAUCCUUGUCUGAUGCCCCCCUGCUGGUAACAAGCGAUAUCUUACAUGUCUUGGUGAUGAUGGUAGACUUGUGUGUAGUAUUUCUGAUUUAGUGCUGUCGGUGUGUGUGAAAAAGUAGGAGGAAUUGUGUCAGAAAUUUUUUACAUGCUGGCAUGUACAUGUGUGUGAGGGAAUAUUUUCUGUUGUCAUGAUACUGCACUUGUGCCUUGGUACAUAUUUACCCAGUGACAGGUAAAUGAAGAGGCCACCUAAAUAUUGUAUGCUUCAUCUUAAAGGCCAUUUGGUCCAAAUUCUAAAU